UAAUUACUUUAUAAUACUUUUUAAUAUUUUCAAUAUGCAAGUUUUAGCCAAAAAAUAAAUAAACAAAAAAUAAAUAUUUGCAUUAUGCAAGGCUUCUAGUUGUUUGGAUUCUUGUGUCACUGUAGUCCAUGCUCCAGGAACAAAAUCUCGAAAACCCCCAAUUCAAUUUCGCGUUUGCACCUGAAUCUGAACCCAAAUUCAUCCAGAGAGACCCACCCUAGUCAUAGAAGCUGCCGGCGCCUCUCACCCGUGAACCUAAUCCCUAAGUCUCGCCGUCGCCGGCGCCGGCACCGACACCUGUGUCAACGACGGCAGCAACUGGUCUAGCCUCCCUCCUACUCUUUCUCCACCUUUUGCCUGCUGUUUAAUCCUCUUCCCUCUCAGAUCUCACGAAUCGCCGUCCUCCCCUUCGCGCUUGCAUCGCUGCAUUUUUUCCGUGAAACCAAACAGCUUUUCUACUGGCAUAGCAAUGGCUGCUUCCGCAAAGACUCUCACAGUUGAAAAUCCUUCAUUGAAUGGAGAAUGGAAAAUUGUCUUACCCCGUCGUGCUAGACGAAGAAAAACUUCUCUUGGAGCAAAAUCUCCGCAGCAACCACAGCAGCAACAACAACAAUCAUCUUCUUGGGCUCCAUCUGAUUUUGAAAGCGAUAUUAUCCGAGAGUCAAAAUUGCUACAGAAGAUGCAGAUCUGCAUGAAGAAACUGGAGGUUUCUCAGUUCUUUCUCACUUUAUUGGAUCAAAUUCAAACCCCAGAAAUCUCAGAUUGUUUUCAUAGGAUUUUGGGUUCUGAAUCGAAGAUGAAGAUGGUUAUCUAUGGUAUAGGAAGCAUUGAAUCCUAUGAAUCCCCACGGCUACAACUGAGCCUUGCAAUCUUGCUGAGGAAAAAGUUCAAUUGGAUUGGAGAAAUAGAGGUCUUUGAUCCUGUUCUUUCAGCUACUGAAGCUCGGGUUUUAGAAGCUCUUGGUUGCUCUGUCUUAUCCAUAAACGAGCAAGGUCGUCGAUUGGCUCAAAACCCAACAUUGUUCUUCAUGCCUCAUUGUGAAGCAGAAUUGUAUAACAAUCUUUUGCAGUCAAAUUGGGAAGUGGGGUUUUUGAAUCAUAUAGCUUUGUUUGGAAAUAGCUUUGAGACAUAUGAACAGCAUUUUUCGGUGUUCAAGAACUCCAAAGUUGCUGAAUCAGCCAAGCACAUAUUGGGUGUUAGAAAAUUCACUGAGGAAUUCAGGAUUCAAACAGUUUCUGAUGAUUAUUUUGCUGCAUUUCAUGAUUCAAGUUGGCAUUUUUUCAGACCUGUUCCAGCUUUUCUGGCACCCAACGACGACGACGAUGAUGUACCCGAACUACAACAAGACGAAGAAAAAGCAGAAGUAGAAGAAGAAGAGAAGGAGGAAGGUGCUGUGAACAACAGUGGAUCCGAGUGUUGAGAACGAACAAAUUCAGACAACAAUAGCAAUAAAGAAGCCAUUGAAUUCAGUUUGAAAGCGAGCUAAAAAGAUUUUUGCACUAGCAGCAACAAGAAGUGAAUAAGCUGAAAUGGGAUAAUUUGGUUUUCGGACAAAGAGAGUAUGCUGUAUAUAUAUAUUGGAAAAAGAGAUUAAAAGAAGAGCUAUCUAGCCCACUGGAUCUGUAUUUGUUGGUAUAUUUGCGCUAUAUGUGCUGUUGUUUUUCUCCUGAAGGGAUAUAGAAAACAAGGAUUCCCCAAAGCCGCUGAUUUAGUUAACCGGUGGGUCUUUUAAUUAAUGGUACAGCUACAUACGGUUGGUGGUUUUUGUUGGCUGUAUUGCAACGCUCUCUGUGGACUUUAUAUUGGCUCUUAAAGGAAAGGUGGAUUUGGUCUCACUGAUGAGGUUGUCUUGUUGAACAGUCUCUCUGGUCAGUAAAUUCCACGUUAUUAAUUUGACUUUUCUUUUCAUUUUUCUUCUAUGUAAUAUAGUUUUUUUCUUUUUUGGGAUAAAAAUAUAGUUUAUAUUCUUACCUUUUUAUUAAUAUAUGAAUCUCUCUCUCUC